AUGAUCCGCGCAUUUCCACGUGGCUUCGUUUACCCGAUCCCUAGAGGGUGGACUUACGCUAUUGGUAUCUAUGUACCAGGGAGGUCUCAGCCUUGGGAAGACGAAGAUGAAAAGCGAAAAUGGCGAGGGGUUCAGAUCAUGUCACGGCUGCUUGCAGACCCGGAACUCUCUUGCAACGUCCCCGAGCUGUCAUUUGAUAACCAUCAGCUUCCCACCGGCAUCAACCAUUACAUCUUUGACCACCCGAAUGAAGAGUACGACAACCUCUGUCGGAUACUGGAACGACCGGGGUUAAAACGAAUUACGUUAUCAGUGCUCAUGGGAUGGCUAUCAAACCAAGACGCCGAAGAUUGGAACUUUCUGAAGAAAGGAAAAGUCCGAACUGCUCUGGUUAAGUCUUCUGGUCUUGAAGAGGUAACCUUUCAGACUGACUAUCCAGUCGAUCAACAUUGCUGGGCUAGUCCAGCAGUGGAUACUGUAUCGCUUUUCGAUAUAUUCCCCAUUGACGAGUGGGCGACUGGCAAGACACUAAAACACUUUGGCCUAUCUGGAAUGCAGGUGACCCAAGAGGAGCUGAUAUCUGUCCUCGGGAAGCUGCCGCCUACCCUUCAAUCCAUUGAGUUGAGCUUUCUUUCUGUCAUUAAGGGUACAGGUAAUCAUGCUGGCAUCCUCGCUGAUAUUCGCGGUAAGCUGGGAUGGAAACAUCGCCCCGCCAAUCAAAGGGUCAAAGUUCGCAUACUCGUUCGAUCCAACCAAGACGUUGGUCGUUACAUAUGCUUGGAUAAGGAAGUCAAUGACUAUCUUUAUAACAAUGGUCCUCAACCUUUUGGCGUUGAUGGAAGCGGAGGAUCAUGGGCUAUGAAAACUUCUGGGACUGGCAUGGAAUAUGAUGAGUUCGACCCAGCAUUUGUUCGACCAUUUGAGGGUCCAAAAGCCUUUUCUGUUAUUGGAAUCCGAGAGCCUGAUGUAGCCGUCAAACAAGCACAAGAUGAGUUGGCAAACGGCGCUGUCAUGAUGCAGCUCAAGGCAGGUGAUGAUCCUGUUUCUGAUGCAAAGCGAGUCAAAGCAGUUCGUGCUGCUCUUCCCGGCCAUGUUAUCAUCUGGGUUGACGCAAAUGGCGGUUGGACCAUGGACCAAGCCCUGACCUUUUCUCGGGCUAUCGGACAGGAUAUCACUGUUGGACUUGAGCAACCGUGCCGCACUUUGUCAGACUGCGCAGAAGUCGGUCGCCGAACAGGAUUGCCAGUCAUGCUAGAUGAGAGUAUCAUCACUGUUGCAGAUCUGUUCACAGCUCACGCAGGUGGCAUUACAGGCGUGAAUAUCAAGCCCUCUCGAGUUGGUGGACUCACUAAGGCUCGUACCAUUCGCGAUGUCGCUGUUGCUCUCGAUAUGGUCAUUAAUUGCGACGAUACUUGGGGUGGUGCUUUGACUACGAUUCAGAAUAUGCUGUUAGCUACCACAACCCCGGAACAUCGCCUACGGGCGGUUGAUUUGAUGUCUGAAUGGAUAGAACCUCCCAUUGCCGAUAUUCCUCGCAUGGGAACAGAUGGUCGAAUCACUGCGAGUAGUCAACCUGGAAAUGGUUAUGAGCGCAUUCACGUCGAUUUGCUUGGUAGGCCUCUAUUUCAGAUUAAUGGAGAAACACUGGCAGGGACUCGUGGAUUCAGACUGCAACUAUCAUGA